AUGGCUUCUAUAUCGGCAAACCCCAGACCGACGGUCCUCAUCUCGGAGAAGCUCGGUGAGGCCGGCCUCGAUCUCCUCCGGGCAUUCUCCAACGUCGAUUGCUCCUACAUCCUCUCCCAACAGGAGCUCUGCUCGAAGAUCUCGAAGAUUGUGUGGAGUGGGACGAAGGUGACGAGGGAGGUAUUCGAGGCUUCCAGGGGGCAGCUCAAGGUUGUUGGGAGGGCAGGUGUUGGGAUCGACAAUGUCGAUCUCCAGGCGGCGGCGGAGCAUAUCUGUCUUGUGGUGAAUGCACCUACAGCGAAUACAGUCGCAGCCGUUGAUCAUGGGAUUUGCCCCAAUGGGAUCAGUCUAAUCCCAUGUGCAUCCAAACAGUUUUAA